UGGGUUGUAAGGUCGCCUGUCCUACUUCCUGUCCUCGGAUGAGUUCCGGUCUUCUCAGGCCCGGGCUGGAGGGCGGCUUGGGGUCCUCGCGCGAGGCGAGGCGAGGCGAGGCGAGUAGAAAAAUGAACCGAGCAACAGUGCUGAAGUUGGAAAACCUGGUCCAUUUACACUGUGCUUGCCGACAGCUGCAUAGUCUGCCUUACAAGAAAGUUCACAGGGCACAGUGGAAGCCUCUGCACCCAUCUGCAUACCCCACAUUGUCAGCUCAGCUGUACUCACAGCUCUGGCAAACAAACAAAUUCAGCAGUGUUGCAUUAUCACAAUAUAGGCUUUUAGCUACAGACACGUGGGAAGAAAAACAAAAACAGAAAUUAUCAUCAAUAAAACCUAAAGUUAAAAAAGAAGUAGUAGAGAUAUGGCAGAACAUGACUGUUGAAGAUCUUGCAAGAGUUAUGAAUAAGGACAUAGACCAUGUUUAUGAAACCCUGUUGAACACCAACGUUGACCUAGACUCACUAACGUCAAAUUCAGUCUUAGAAGAAGUAUGGGUAAAGGAAGCUAUUAAAAAAUCAGGGAUGACAUACAAGCAGAGAAAACUUAAAGAGAAGAGAAAAAAUAAAGAUGUUGUAAAAAGGCCUCCUGCAGAUCCAGCUUUGUUAACCCCACGGCCCCCAGUUGUUACUAUUUUGGGCCAUGUUGAUCACGGGAAAACAACUUUACUUGAUAAUCUGCGAAAAGCUCAAGUGGCAGCAAUGGAAGCAGGAGGCAUCACUCAACAUAUUGGUGCCUUUCUUGUUCAGCUGCCUUCUGGGGAAAAGAUAACUUUCCUUGAUACUCCAGGACAUGCUGCCUUUACAGCAAUGAGGGCAAGAGGUUCACGUAUUACCGAUAUUGUCAUACUGGUUGUAGCAGCAGACGAUGGAGUAAUGGAACAGACUGUAGAGUCCAUUCAUCAUGCUAAAAAUGCCAAAGUCCCGAUCAUCCUUGCUAUAAACAAAUGUGACAAACCUGAAGCUGAUCCUGAAGGGGUGAAGAAGGAAUUAUUGGCAUAUGAUGUGGUUUGUGAAGAUUAUGGGGGUGAUGUUCAGGCUGUAAAUAUCUCUGCACUUAAGGGUGACAACCUGAUGGCCUUAGCAGAGGCAACAGUUGCUCUUGCAGAGGUGCUAGAACUGAAGGCAGACUUCGCUGGCCUAGUCAAGGGAGUCGUAAUAGAGUCUCGCAUAGAUAAAGGAAAAGGUCCAGUAACCACAGCAGUCAUCCAGGGAGGAACACUGAGAAAAGGCUGUUUCCUAAUUGCUGGAAAAAGCUGGGCAAAAGUGCGCCUGAUGUAUGAUGAAAAUGGCCAAACAAUGGCUGUUGCCACUCCUGGGUUGCCAGUGGAAAUCAUGGGCUGGAAGGAAAUCCCAUCAGCAGGAGAUGAAAUUCUUGAAGUAGAAUCUGAGCAAAUAGCACACAAAGUAGUGAAUUGGAGAAACUAUGCUGAACAGCAGGAGAAAAUCAAACAGGAUGUAGAAGUUAUUGAAGCAAAGCGGAAGAAACACAGAGAUGAAUACAAGAAGCAGCGGGAGAUGUACGACAGUCUGAGUUGGAAAAUGAGAAAACAAGCACAAUAUGAAGCCGGUAAAGAUGUAUGGUUUUUAAGACCAAAGGAGCGUGAGGAGAGUGACAGGAAUGUACUGCCCAUAAUUGUUAAAGGUGAUGUGGAUGGUUCUGUUGAAACUCUUCUAAACAUUCUGGAUGGUUAUAAUGCUAAAGAUGAAUGUGAGUUGGAUAUACUCCAUUUUGGAAUAGGGGAUAUCAAUCAAAAUGACAUAAAUUUGGCUGAACCCUUUAAGGGGAUCAUAUAUGGAUUCUGUGUGAACGCAGAUAGCUCUACUCAGAAGUUGGCUGCUAAAAAGGGGAUUAAAAUUAAACUCCAUAAUAUUAUCUACAAACUUAUUGAAGACUUGAAAGAGGAGUUGAGUAGAAGAUUGCCUUUGGCUGUGUAUGAACUUAAAAUAGGGGAGGCAUCUGUUCUUGCUAUAUUCUAUGGCACAGUCAAAAAAAAUAAGAACGUUCCAGUGGCUGGUUGCAGAGUGCAGGAGGGACAGUUAAAUCGAAAAAUGAAGUUUAAAGUAAUCCGUAAUGGUGAUGUUAUUUGGAAAGGACUCUCAACAUCACUGAAGCAUUUUAAAGAUGAUGUCCAGGUAGUAAAAGCUGGCAUGGAGUGUGGCCUCAGUUUGGACCAGUACACAGAUAUCAAGAUUGGAGAUCAAAUUAUCUGCUACGAAGAAAAAGAAGUUAAAGAAUCAAUUUCUUGGGAUCCAGGAUUUUAAAUAAUUGUACUUUAGUACAAGGGACUCAUGGCCUGGCAUUAUUUUAGGCCACCUUGCUGAAACUUUUAAUAUUAAAAAUUAUUCUGAAAGGGGCUUCUUUUGUGAGAGUUCAUUGAAUUUUCAGCCAGGACACCAAAUUCUGAAUCCAAAAUCAAAAGUUUGUGUUUUAGGCAACAGUGGUGUUCUUUGCUUCUGCAGUUGUGUGCCAGCUCUAUAACCCCAUAAGGCUACUAGUUGUAGAAAAAUGUUGAGUGACAUGGCAGUGUUAACUCCUUGGUGAAGGAUAUGGAUUGCUGUCAUGUUUCUUAGCAUGUUUCAGUUAGAAAUGGAAGAUAUCAGAAAGGGGCAGAAUGUUUACGGUCUUUCUGUUUGACAGCCAGGUUGAGUUUAGCAGUUGAUAAAAACGGGUCUUUCUGUCAUAAAAUGUUACCUUAAAAGAAUAAAAGGGGAGACAGAUGGUAUUGGAAGGGAUUACUGUCACUGUCUCAGCCUGCUGUGGGAUUUUAUACCUCUUUGAUGAAAUUCAACCUUCAUUUUCUGCAGCCUAAUUCACAGAAUUUCAUCUAGAAUUUGUGACUUCUUAGACUGGGGUGGUCUAAUUGGAGGAAGAGGAGUAAGAUAGUGAAAUUCCAGUCCCAGUUUUGGUGUGGAUUAAAAUUUGAAAUGUGUGCCUCUAAACUGCUUUAUGCCAGUUUCCCAAUCUGUAAAACUAGGAUAAUACCAACAACUUCUCAUAUGUUGCGGUUUAAUGUUUGUGAAGUGCUUGGAGGUCCUGAUGUAAAAGUCCCACUGUCACGGCUAAUUAUCACAGGUAAAGUAAUAUUACUACCACCGUGUAUUGUUUUGUAUGUGUUUUAAUGCUGUUCUGAGAUUGCUACCCGAGAUCUUUCUUUAGUUCUCCUAUAAAACAGUGCCUUUGUAUGACAGGUACUCCGUGUACAGGCUGAAGUAAUUGCAGAGCCAUUGGCUAUUAUUCCCUUUGAGAACUCAUGGAGGUUGGUUAUCAUCCCGGAUUACUGAAGAAAGGUAAAUGUGGUACAUGUCUAGAAGGAAAGGAAGAAGAUCCAGUGAAUGACAGACCAGUCUGCCUGACCUCAAUACCUGGAAAGAUUAAGAAGCAUAUUAUCAAAGAAUCUAUUUCUUAAACACCUGGAGGGAGAACAAGGUGAUCAAAAACAGCCAGCAUGGAUCCAUCAAGAGCAAGGCAUGUCUGAUAAACUUUAAUUCUUUGUGUGACAAGGUAAUGGGCUCUGUGGGGAAAACAGGGCAUUGUGUAAGACAGUGGUUCCAAACGGGGUUGCAACAUCAGUGGAUAGGGUCACAGGGGCAGGGGGCUGUGGAUUGGGAGUGAGGGGGCCAUGCUGAGGAAAUGGAGCCAUAAAUGGGGUCAUGCUAAGGAAAAGUUUGGGAAGCACCGGCAUAAGAGUUUGGUGCAAGAGAACAGUGGAUAGGGUAUAUGGCUUUUGACACUCUCUCAUGAUGUUCUCCUUUAGUAAGCAAAGGAAAUAUAGUUGAGAUGAAAGUGGUGUGAAGUGUGUACAAAACUGGUUGGACCACUGGGUGAACGAUUAAGGCUGUGUGAAACAGCACCAUUUCGUUUAGACUUCCGUUUCACUGGGACAGUGUUUUGUUUCGAGUUUUUAGUUUCAUUUUGAAACCACUGUUCUGUUUCAUUUCUUUAAAAAUGUUUUGCUGUUUCAAUGCUGUUUCAAUGUUUUGCCCGUAGGCUAUAAUGGGGAAGCAUGUAACUGCCUAUAACCUUGUAAUUUCCUGCCUGAUUUGGAUGAAACUUGCAGGCAUGGUAGCCCCGACUGAGGCCAUGAAGCCUGCCAGCUUUCAAGGAGAUAGGUGUAGGGGUUUCUGGGAAACUGCACCUCAGGCUGCUGACAAGCAAAACUUGUGACAUGUGUGACUUUGUGUGUUAAGGCAUGCCCUCAUUGGCACUGGGGCCUCUACACAACACGGUAGUGCGCCCCAAUGAGGUCUCCUCCUUCCCUACAGCCUCAGGCCGGUCCACCAUUUUAAAUGACAAUAGGUAAAAUAAUAACUUGGUGAACAGGAGCACAGUAGCACCAGCAGUAUCUCAGGCAGCCAAACUGACAGGGCCUUUCUUUUCUCUCCUGCAGGAGCUUCUUCUCCAGCAGCUGCCAGAGAACUCUCCCUGCCAGCCCCAGCCCUGGGGCAUAGAUGUGCCCAGGGCCCUGUGUCCUUCCGGUCAGGUGGUAGGGGUGUUGGUCUAAGGACAUGGCACUGGCAGACAAGGUCCUUUAGGUCAAUCUAAUCUGGUAUCUUUUAGCAGACCAACUGAAUAGUUACCACAAUAUAUCCUAGCAAGCUUUCAAGUUGAAAAAGCCUUUGUCAGGCUGAGGAAGCACCUGCAGUUGGGGGGGGGGGUGUGUGCGUGCGUGCGUGCUGUUCCUGGAUGGAAGGAACAGUAAAGAAGCCAGAGGCUGGCAUGCCAUGCAGGCAAGAAAGCCAGUCAGUGGAAAUGGAGGUGUCAGGGGGUGGGGGGGGAAAGGGAUAUGUAGCAGCGCAGGUAAAAGUGGAGAGGUACCUGGGGAGUCAGCUGUCUGGCAGGCUGUAGUGUGUCAGAAUUCCACUAUAUUGAGUCCAUGAGUUUCUGUACCUAGGAGUCUGAUGAAGUUCAGUUCAUAGGCUCAUGUGUGAAAAGUCUCUGCACAUGGACUCUCAAACAGAACAAUAUUGAAGCAUUUUUCAUUGCAGAUUUCUAUCCAUGGUAGUGAUACUGCUAUUGUCUGGGAUCUCUGGAGGGAAAGUCCAUGUAAGAGCUGAAGAUUAUCAUUUAUAACAUCGGUCUACAGUGACCAAAAUGUUUCAUGGCAUUCUCUCUUGCAGGAGUGGGCUGGAAACUCUUGCUUGCCAUUGUUGUCCCCUUGUUCCUCCUCCUCCUUCCUGCCAGUACUUUCUCUAUCAACUGUUUGUGCAAAGAAGUUGCUAAAAGCGUGAAGAGACCUCAAGCUUUGGUAUGAAAAGAUUGGGGAUGAUGGGGGUCCAAUCCUGCUGCUAAGCCCCUGCAAGUCUUCCUAUAGCAAAGGUGGGCAGGGAAGCAAAUAUCCUUGGAACUUAGAAUGGGCGAGCCAAUCAGAUAGGAUGCUCCAGCGUAUUCCUUGCCCUUUGCAUUGCUGGAACAGUGGGCUGCUUUGCUCAGAAAGGAGCCUCUUUGCACUGGGCACUCUGCAUAUAUGUAAAUUAGCAUAACUCCACUGUAGCCUGCUGGGGCUCCAUUACCAAUAGGUCCAUGAUCAGAGUCAUUCUCUAGGGCUGUGAUGCUGGCAUGUUGCACGCUCAUUGCCUUGGCUUUAAAAAACAUCAAUCAAAGAAGUAAACAUCCCUCUAACCUACAAAUCUCAUUCUCCACUAGGUUUUUUUUUUUUUUUCCUAUCUAAGGCCUCUGCCAUUGGUUCUCAAUAAGAAGCCUAGUGAGGAAGAAUUCUUCAGGGAAGAGCUGGAAUCACAGAAGAGGAGGAACAAUCCCUCAGCAAGAAAUAACAUAUCACCAGCAAUUUCUCUCCUUUCCUUGUUGGAGGAGAAAGACGACAGUAGUUUCACACCCUAAAUUGAAAUACCUCGGUUCCCAAAGAGAGACCCGAACUGCCACGUGUCCAGUGCAAGUCAGAAAGGGUUGGAUUCCAGCUCUGAAUUGGGAGUCUUUCAGCUGGACAGAGGAUCUGUGCCCAACCUUGCAGGGUGUGGGUUCUCUCAUUUUUGUCUGGAGGGAGACUGAGGAGGACACCUCGGGGUUUUGAGAUAGCGAGAAAACCUCCCAUUUGGAAAGCUCCUCCUUGGGAGACUAGAUAGCCAACAGAAGGAUAUGAGCAGUGUAAUGUGGAUGUGGACAGGUGCCAACAAGAGGCCUUCCUUUAGGUCACUGUGCUGACAGAGGGUCUUUGUUUUAACCCUUCCUCUGAGGACCCACAUACCCCUGCAAGGGGCCACCUUUACCCUGACACAGACAGGCUUCCCUUCCCUGAGCACAUAGCUUGCUUGAAAGUACGAGUCUCUGAGGACUCCAGUGAGCUCCCUCCCCAGGACAUUGGCCUUCAGACUUUACAGUUUGCAGAGGACAAGGACAUUUCAAGUGACUGACAGAAUUUCCAGCCACACAGCAGAAGGAGCACCGCCUCCAGCCACCAUGCUCAGGGAGACUUUUAAAGCUGGGACAUGGGGAAAGCAUGGGACCAUGAAGGAAAAAAACUACCAGAAGCUUAAAUUCCAGGGCUAUCAGCAGGUGCAUUAUAUGUCAAGAAACUGAUGGCAUCACACGGAAGAAUGAAGGGACAAGCAUUUGUCAGCCUGUACCUGUUUGUGCAUCACUACCCAGACAGGUAGCUUCUAUUAAUGUCUGUCCUUUAAGGUGCUACAGCUCCAGUUGCAAAAAAGGUGUGCUUUCACUGCUGGUAUUUAACAUCCAUUCACCAUCCUGCUGCAGAAACCCUGUGGCCAUAAGUCACUGCAAUUUUACUGCUGGACAAAUAGGACAAACUCAGACAUGGGCGGUGACGAUCUCACACCUCUCCCUUGCAGCAAACACUGCAGGUGCCUUGCCAUCCAAUAAGAAUGUAUGGUGAGAUAUGGAUUUGUGUGUUAAUUAUCUCUCUGUAAAAACACUGGUGUAUCAGGAAAAGCAGAGUCUGAAACAACCAGCCCAUGCUGGCAAUGUUUCAGUCAUGUGGUUUGGGACCCAAGCUGAUCCACCACCAGUUGCUCACCCGGGGUCAUAAAGUUAUUCCCCCUCACCUCAUGGGGGGCAAAAGUAAAGGUUGAAAUUUGUCUCCUUCA